AUGCCGCCUGCCCCCCCUAACCCCCCGUUUGCACAGUACGAGAACGAGUCUGUUUUGAUUCUUCAGGCCGCGGCUCUCUCUCUCUCUCUCUCUCUCUCUCUCGCACAUCCCGUGUUUCCCCUUGGCCUGCUCGCGUCGCCUACUGUGCUUGUGCUCCAUGCUACCUUGUUGCUUUUCUUCAUCCUCGACUCCAUGGGCAAUGACACACUCUCGCCCCAGACUUGGAUUGUGCCGUUUCUGCGUCAGGUUGAUGUGCUGAAUGGUGGUACGUUCCGGGGCGGAGCAACACAAAGGAUACCCCAGGCAAAGCGAUUCCGGCGUCCGCGCGGUGCUCUGUUCAGCUCAUCACGACAUGUCAAUGUGAAAUGCGAGAUGGUUCGCCGAGCGGGUGGUCAGCACAUGGAGGGCCUGGAAUCGCAUCGCUUAGGAACUGGACCUGCUACGAUCGCUGUAGACCUCCAGGUUCAGCAGUGGCAGUCCCUGGGCGCUGGCCGGGGGCAAACUGCUGCUCUGCUCGAACCCGGAAUCUGGGGCGACAAAGACGGCCGGCCCCGGUUCUUGGAGUCACCACUCGCAAUCCUUUUGCUCUUCAUUUGUCACGUUACGAGAAACCCGGCCACUCCUGGCACUCACGGCGCAUGGCAUGGCACGAGGAUACUGUACAGAGAGAUGUGGUGCCAGAUACGCCCACAAAGUUGGGGCGGAGAUGCGAUUCCGAGUCAUCGAUGCCGCUCGCUAGGACACCAGGUCGAUCUGCCAACGGGUCCGCAGGCCUUUAGCCGCCGCAAGAUGGUGGACUCGGACGCUGCAGUGCUACUUGUACUUGCACGAGCGAGUGUCCUCGAUGCGCGUUGCCACUCCGAAGGCCUUGUCCCCUUUGCUGCUGGCAUUCUUUUUCUCUCUCGUCCGUCUUUUGCCUGCAUUUUCGGGCGGGUUUCGCGGAUGACGGCACCCGCACUGUACGGAACACCCAUGCCUCGUCCACCGCCCCUCCGACCCGACAGUCUGGAAAAUGACGCGGUGCAAAGUGGAUUCGCAAUUUGGGGUCCACGCCUCCCAUGA